AUGAACAAGAUGGACGUGAUACAAGUUGCUCAAUAUGAAAGUGAUACAUCAGAUGAAGAGGUUGUGGAAGAAAAUGAUGAAGUAAAUGGAAACGAAAAAAUUAUAAAAAAAAAGAAAUUUUGGAUUAAAGAAGCUACAUUUGAUAAACCUGGUGAGACAGAAUCAUUAAUUGGAAAUAAAUGGUCCAAACACUAUACACAUGAUACAGAAAAUGGAAGAACAGUUUAUUAUAGAUGCAACAAUGUCAAACGUCGUGGACCUCAGUAUAGUGCAAGUAUUUAUCUGCUGUAUCAUACAGAUACUGAUAAAGUAACUCUCUAUAAAACUGAAGCUGAUCACGAUCAUCAUGAUGAUAAAUGUCGCGGUAUUGAUGAAAAGAAGAUAAUGUAUGAUGAUGAAGAUGACGAAGAUACAGAAGAUGAUGGUGAAAACAAAUUUUGUAUCUUUCUAUCAUGA